UUAUCGCGAUGACAAAUCAACAUAAACCAUAGAGGUGUUUUUGAGGCUGGCCUCCCCAGGCCCCAUCAUGGAUCCGCCCCUGCCACUGGGACUGUGUUCGGCAUAGUGUGCGAGAGUCAGAUUAACUAAUAUUACUGCCGGCCACAGGGGAAACAUUAAACUCUUACAUAAUGACUGCAUGAGUUUGAAAGCACCAACGACGCCUGACUCACAGUGAAGGAGUGAAGAGGAGGCUACUGUAGAUCAUGUCAUGAUCAUGGAUAACACUUCUGACAUAACAAUGUUGACACUUUCAGGGUUGAGCGGGCAGACCACCAACAGAAUGGUUAUUUUCUCCCUCACUCUACUUUGCUACUUUCUAAUUCUGAUGGUUAACAUUUCCCUGGUUCUGACCAUCAUCUUGGACCAAAACCUCCACCAACCCAUGUAUAUCUUUGUGUGUAACCUGUGCCUCAAUGCUCUUUAUGGAACUGCCGGUUUCUACCCCAAGUUCCUUCUGGACCUGCUCUUCUCUUGGCACGUUAUCUCGAUCGGCGGUUGUGUGGUGCAAGGUUUGGUCAUAUAUUCCUCAGUCUGCAUUGAAUAUUCUAUCCUUGCGCUGAUGGCCUAUGACAGGUAUGCUGCAAUAUGCCGACCACUCGAUUAUCACUCUCUUAUGAAAAAGCACAAUGUCAGUCUGCUUACAUGCUUCUCCUGGGUCAUUCCUUAUUUAAUUAUACUGGCUUCUACUAUAAAAACAUAUACAUUGAAAUUAUGUGGCACGCACAUAGAUAAACUCUAUUGUGCCAGUUGGUUGGUAGUUAAAAUCGCUUGUUCUCCUGGUCUGACAAACGCUGCUUUAAGUUACAUUACCAUCAUUAUUUAUUUUUUUCAUUUUGUUUAUAUUUUUAUGUCGUACUUUUAUCUGGUCAGAACAUGUGUGAAGUCGAUAGAGAGCAAAAGAAAAUUCAUGCAAACUUGUUUGCCACAUUUAAUGACUCUGCUCAAUGUGACCGUGGCUGUGUUGUUUGAUGUGAUGUUUAUGCGAUUUGGCUCAGCAGAUGUGUCGCCAAUGAUUAAAAAUGCAUUAUCACUCGAGUUUCUUAUAAUACCUCCUAUUCUCAACCCACUAAUAUAUGGUAUUAUACUUACCAAAAUUCGUAAUCGAAUAAGGUUUAUUUUGUUUCACAAGAAAGUUACAAAUUAAAUGGUUAAGUGGGUACAUUUUUUAAGUCUUUUUCCAUUAGGUUUCGAUUUGGUUAAUUUUUGAUAACA